UGCCUAUCGAUUAUAGAGUGAGGCUAUUCGAUUGAACGUGCUUACUUGUCGUUCGACAAUGUAAAUAAACAAAUUAAUAGAGUAAAUAAAGCCCUUAAUAUGGCGGAUUUGGUUCGUGGUGAAGCUUCCGAAUCGGAUGAGGAGCAUGACAAGCAGGAGAUUUUUGCUGCUGAAGUUUCUGGCGAAGCAACUGAGGAAGAAGACGAAGACAUUUAUGAGCAGCCAGGUAACGCCAGUGUAACCGCCUCUAUCUAUCGGAACAACUUGCUGCAGCGGAAACUGAUUGAGAGCAACAUUGCCAUUUGGAGGUCUCUUACUGCGUUUACACGCAGCUUUGUGGUGAAUGCUUCCAAGCAGUUGCUGACCACCGAUCAAAUGCUCAUUAAAUCACAGGUGUCCUUGCAAUCGGCACACACUGCACUGCAGCAGGCCCAAAGGAAUACAGCACAGUUACAAUCCCGCACAGCAUCUGCAUUAACGAGCAGCUUUUUACCCGCUAUUCAAAUAAAUAAUCAAAGCACUUAAAAGUAAUGAAUAAGAAAAUGUUUAUAAUAGUUUUAUAAAUAAACGAACAAACUUGGCUAAUCCUCAGUAUCCGAA